AUGUAUAAGCUAGCCUCAUUCUGCUUGCUUUUCAUAGGACUCUUAAAUCCUCUCCUAUCUCUUCCUGUCACUGACUCCAGGGAGAUGUCCCCUCAGCUCUCAGCUCCUGAUGACGAAGCAAGAUUAACUUUGGAUGAGCUGGAAAGAGCUUCCCUUCUGCAGAUCUUGCCAGAGAUGUUGAGUGCAAAGAAGGGUGGUCUUGAGAACGCAGAUCCUACUACCAACACUUUCAACCCAAGGGGAAGUAUGAGAAAGUUUCAGGAUGUCUCUGAACAAGACCCUAAGGUUUUACUGAGUCAUCUUUUGGCCAGAACCAGGAAACAAUAUAAGCAACAUGAGACUCCCGCUGAAUGCUUCUGGAAAUACUGUGUGUGAACUGAAAUGCGUGUCUGCUAGUUAACUAGGAACAACUAUUUCAGAAAUUAAAAACGCUUGAUUUAAAAACAGCAUAAAAGAAAAACUAGGCAAACUAUAACCUGUUCAUUAUUAUCUGGAAAAUAAAUCCUGUUUUGCAAAUACCAUGUGUGUGGUUGUUUUACUUAUAAACAUAUCCUGAAAAAUUACAAUUCUACUUUCCUUCAAUUAAUCCUCAGUUAAAAACAAAAAUCCUUUGAAAUUUAGAAGGCUAAUAAAUGAACAAAAGCACUACUACUGAUGGGGGAAGUUCAUGUGUUCAGACUCCCUCUCUUAGUUGACUGAAGUGUUGAACACUGGAAAACUCGAAACUUUUAACACUGAGAUUUGUUUGAUCACAGCCAUUUAUACUGGAGAAAAAUCCCUUUUUAACUUCAGAGAGAGAAGAAUAGAGAGGUAGAGAGAGGAAAGUUGAGGGGGGAUUUAAGAUUGUGGAAUGGCAGCAGCAGCCUGGUUUACCGAUUGAAAAAAAAUUCAAAUAUAUGUUUGUGCAAGUAUUAAAUUUGUACCGGGUGGUACAGUGGGUAAAGCACUCGGCUGCCAACCAAAAGGUCAGCGGUUCGAACCCACCAGCUGCUCCCUGGAAACCCUAUGAAGCAGUUCUACUCUGUCCUGUAGGGGC